AUGUUUAUAACGAGCAAUUAUGUACAGCAGUCAGAUUGUCGAGUUGCUACUGAUUUUUGCAGUUCACAUAUUUAUUCCUCAUCUCUUGCCUCUUACUAUCAUCUCUUCAUAGCUAUUCUCACUUUAAUCUCAGGCCUCAUUUUCUUCUUUUCUUGCAAUACAAAAUCUAAACUCGUAAAACUUCCUCGAGGACCACCAGGUUGGUCUAUAGUCGGCGAUCUUUUUCAAGUUGCUUGUUCUGGUAAACAUUUUUUCCAAUUUGUACAAGAUUUAAUUCCCUUGUAUGGUCCCAUUUUUACUCUGAAGAUGGGAACAAGAAUGCUUAUUAUCAUUACUUAUGCUAAACUAGUCCAUGAAGCUCUUAUGAGAGGGGACUGCUUUUCGCAACCCGGACACGCGAAAACCCUACGAGAUCUGUCUUCAGCUGCAACAAGUUUACUAUCAAUGCACCGGUCUACGGACCGGUGUGGCGGUCGCUGA